CGGGCGGGGCCUGCCCGUGACCCGGGCGCAGACGCCGGCUGGUGCAGCCGGAAGCUCAGUCGGCGGCGGUCGGGGGAACGGCGCUGCCCCCCGCGCUGCACAGGGGGGCGGGAGGCCGGCGGCCCCGCCAUCGCCAUGGGAGCGGAGCAGAGCGCGGAGGCCGAGAGCCGCCCGGGCGAGUCCAGCGCCUCAGCGUCUCCGUCACCAGCCAAGCAACGAGCAAAAAUGGACGACAUUGUGGUGGUAGCCCCAGGAACGCAAUCCUCCCGGAAUGUCAGCAAUGAUCCAGAUGUCAUAAAACUGCAGGAAAUUCCAACUUUCCAGCCCCUUUUGAAAGGACUCCUCAGUGGGCAGACCUCUCCGACCAACACCAAACUGGAAAAGCUGGAUCCCCAGCAGGUGCUGCAGCUGUGUCUCCGGUACCAAGAUCAUCUUCACCAGUGUGCAGAAGCAGUUGCCUUUGAUCAGAACGCGCUUGUGAAGCGGAUCAAGGAGAUGGACCUCUCUGUGGAAACUCUUUAUAGCUUCAUGCAGGAGCGCCAGAAGAAGUAUGCCAAGUAUGCGGAGCAGAUCCAGAAGGUCAAUGAGAUGUCUGCCAUCCUCCGCCGUAUACAGAUGGGCAUUGACCAGACGAUCCCUCUGAUGGAGCGGCUGAACAGCAUGCUGCCGGAGAGUGAGAGGCUGGAGCCCUUCAGCAUGAAACCUGACCGGGAGCUAAAGUCAUAGCUGACCCGGCAGGCUCCCCCUCCUCACCUUCCACACUCCAGCGUUCAGCACAGACGCGCUUCCAACGGGCUGGGCUGGCAGAUGUUUGAAGCGGACAGCAGCGCUGCUUGACUCUCUGCCAGGGCAUCGGAGGAAGAGCAGCGUCAGCUGCCAGAACUGCACAGCCAGGAAUCCAGGAGCUCCCUGGUCCCGUCAUCUGGAGAAGAUUUACCGUUCUUUCAUCUCCCUCCUCUUGCCCUCCUGUCUCCUUUACCACUACCACCGCCUGUGCCGAGACAUUUGUUUCCUUGCUGUGACUAGAUUGGGGUUUACAGAGGAGGAGUUUUCUUUGAUCAGAUUUUUUUUUUAAACUAGAAAAAUUCAAAGGGAUGCAGGGUGUGACAAACCCUCUAACGUAGUUUUUGUGCCACUGGGGUUUAGAUGAUUAGAUGGCUGGCAGGUAUUUCUGAGAACCCCUGGCCUUGGAAAUAUGUGUGUUUUAUAGGUGAAAGUGCGGGAGCCAGGAACUGGCUUAUUAAAAUCUGCCUAUUAUCAUAAUUAACAUGGUUUGCAUGGCAGGGUGUUGGCAUGUCCUCCUUGAGGCUCCUGUUUUUAUGGGCUCACUAAUUUAUGAGACUGUAAAGGAAUAACUGUUCCAGAUAUGUAUGUCUGUUAACGUUAAGCAAGCCUUAGUGUUCCUCUCCCCCUUGCCCUUGCAAUGUCCCUGUGCCCCAGCUGGUGGCAUUUCAUGUCCCUCACCUUGCACAGUGAUUCUGGCCGGCACUGGCACUGACCUGCUCACUUUGCAUCCCAAAGUUGGACAUGAGGUGUCUAUUUUUUUUUUUAAUGUUUAUCGGGACACUCCAGUUAUGUUGGUGCUGUCUUUUUCUACCAGAGGGAUGCAGAUGUUUCUUUGCCUUCAAGCGUAUGGAGUUAGAGGUGGGGGAGAUGCGAGAAAUCCUUUAGGUUUUCCUCUUGGCCUAGCUGCUGUCAUGCCAAGAGCUUGCCCGAGCGCAGUGUUUAAUGACUGAAACCACACGGCCCUUUGGGACUGCGCUCGGGGAACUGCUCCAAAGGCAACAGGAUGUUCUUGCCUUCUCCCAAGCCGAGGGCCCUGCUCGAAGGCAGGCAGCGUGUCCAUGCCACCCGGGCACUGGGCUGGCCUGUAGGAGAUGGGUUGGUUGCCAAGUCUGCUGCUGGUCUGCUGGCUGCAGGCGAUUUGCAGCACCUCCCCGAGCUUUGGUUUCUCCCUGUAUAAAAUGUGGGGAUAUUUUACACGCUGCUGUAAAAAUAUUUAUGGAUCUAGAAAUAGGGUUUAACAGCCUGUGUUGCCAUUGCACGGCAGCUCUUGUCCGCAGCAGAAAGAGCAUGAAACCAGAAGUGAGGAGCCCUUGGUUUGCUGGGUCAAGGGUAGGUUUCUGUUUAUUACAUCAGUUCUAGGAUGCUGUUGCUGGCGAGGAGGCUGAAUUGUGUCCAUGAACCCCAAAGGUUGUUGUCUGUCAGGAGUACAAUUCCAGUGGUGAGGACAGCCCUCUUUGAGAAAGUCAGUGUGAUAACCCAUCUUCCCGUACAGCACAAGGCUAGGUGACUUGCUUCAAUACCUCUUAGUACUCAAGAGUACUUAAUCAGCAAAAGAUUGUCUCCGAGCAUUUGGGAAUAAGAGCGCGGUAUAUUUUUGAUGAUAUUAGUUACUGCCUGGUGGCAGGAAGCAACAUGCCGUUCUCUUGUUGCAUUCCCAAAGGCCAUGUAGCCUAGAGUGAAUUUUUGUGAUGCAGACUGCAGCCAACUUAGAUGCUUAUCUGAACGAUAGCGGUGACUGGACCCAGGGCCUGCUGAAUGCUGUCUGAAAGCAGAGUCCCGUAGAAAUGAAACCACCUGGAAUGAUGCCAUGGGAAGAGCAAUUGACCGCUUGAGAGAUGGCAAGGAACUCCGCAGAUUUUUCUAGUAAUGGCAGCAGAGUGUUAUGUGGUUGUAUAUACAUAGGUGUAUACCAUACAUUGUACAGGAUAUAACAGGCUUCCAUCCUUGCUCAUGCAUCCUGCGGUAUUAUGCACUUGGUUUGUUAAAAGCUUACACGAGACUUAACAACCCAUGAAAACCUGCUUGUCAUGGCCAUGCCCGUGAGAGUCCUCAUUGUCCAUCACGGAAUAUGUCUCUGCCUCCUGCCAUCAGACACACCAGAAUAUUCAGACGCUUUAAAUAGCAGCUGCAGGCAUUUUUGUCCUCCUCAUCCAGAUGAUGCCGUCUGGAAGUUUAAAAUGUGCAACAUUCAGCCGUCUGCCAGACGGGAUCAUGAAUGUCCCACACCCAGGCGUGCUGGAAGCCUAUACUGGUGGGAAGAUCCUGAUAUUGGAUCUCGAGGCAGGGUCUAAGCUGCAGAUGCUCUCUCCUGUAAAGCUUCUAGACAUUUGGCCUCAUGCUAUUAAGUAUCAGAUCAAAGCAUUGCUCCUUGCGGUGCUAAUGAGGGCAAACGAAUAGUAUUCCUGUCUGAAAGCUGCAGGAGCAAGGGCUGCAAAUCAGUUCCUUCCUUAUUUGCUGUAAAACACCUAGACAUUGGGCUGAUAAUGGGAGAAAAUGCUUGUUCCUGUGAACACUGGCCUUUAAGCUUGUGGAUGUGCCGCUGGGCCUCCCAGCUGGAGCUUUCUGACCAGCAAGGGUAGCUUGUGAAAAACUUAAUAGCUUUACUAGAAGGAAAUUGGAGCUGAAAUGGGAAGGCUGACCUCUUCGAAGGCAUGCAGGCCACUACCUUCAUUGCACGCAGGAUAAGGUCUUGUAUGGGUACUGAAGAUACCGUGCACCCUCUAACUGUUCUCAAACGAUGGUUUACAGUUUUAUUUAAAACAUUUUCACUGGCUUCAUUAACUGUAAGUCUUUGGAUCUCUUGCUGAGGGGAAGGCAUUUCCUGCCACAUAUUCUUGAGCUGCUGUUUGCUGCUUGGCUGCUCCUCGUUCGCUUUGCUUUGCACACUGCUCUCGGUUUCAUCUUGGAUUGCAGGUGAUGUCCAAGGUGAGACUGUUGCUUUAGUCCCUUUCACGCUGUUUAGCCGGAGAUUUGAGAUGUGACUGGAAUUACCUUUCUGCUUACGAAUUUCCUUUUCCAAGCCAAAUGCUGUCGAAGGCGGCCUCAGGUAUCUCUUAUGAAUGUACCAGCCAUUACUUCUACUGCAAAGGGGGUAGCAUGUUAGUGCUAUGAACAGAAAAUAAUCUGGUGUGCUCCACUGAAAAA